GUGUGGCCCGGCCCGGCGCACACUGACAGGCGCUCGGCCAGCAGACGGCGGCCGCUGUGCACCCUCCCGUCGCCGCAGAGGGAGCCGGCCGGGAGACGGGGGGUGAGCAACGCCGGAAAGCCCUGGCCGCCCCCACACCUGUGCCCUCUGGGGGCGGCGAGUGGGUGUAGCCUGCGCUGAUCACCUGGGAUCCCCGCCCCGUGUCGCCUCCGCCUCCCGUCCUCGCCCGGCCGGAGAAGGCGCCACCGCUGGUGCGAACGAGCGCGCUCCCGGGCGGCCGCGGAACAGCAGGGCCGAAGCGAAGCUAGGGGCUGCAGCGCCGGUGCGGCUCGCCCUCUCCAGACAGCCGAGCUAAGGCGGGCAGGAGCACGGCGGUCCCCGGCCGGUAGAGGCUGCGGCGCGGGGCGCUGGAGCCGCGGCAGGAUGAAUCCCAAUGUCACCUACGCCAGUCGCAAGCGGCGGAAACCUGUGCAGAAAAUAGUAAAGCCAUCCCCAGCUGAAGGAGUCAAGUCCAAUCCAUCCAAGAGACACAGGGACCGCUUGAAUGCAGAGUUGGACCGCUUGGCUAGCCUGCUGCCUUUCCCUCAAGAUGUUAUUGCCAAGUUGGAUAAGCUGUCAGUGCUUAGGCUUAGUGUCAGUUACCUGAGAGCCAAAAGUUUUUUUGACGUUGCAUUAAAAUCUUCUAACUCUACAAGACCAGAAAGAAAUGGCAUUCAGGAAAACUGUAGGACAGCAAAAUGUGGAGACGGGAUGCAGAUCCUGGAGGGAGAACUCUUACUGCAGGCAUUAAAUGGUUUUGUAUUAGUUGUCACGGCCGAUGCUCUGGUCUUUUACGUCUCUUCUACUAUCCAAGACUACUUGGGUUUCCAACAAUCUGAUAUUAUACACCAGAGUGUAUUUGAAUUGAUUCACACAGAAGACAGACCUGAGUUUCAACGACAGCUACACUGGGCAUUAAACCCUGCCCAGUCUGCAGAGUCUGCACCAAGUGUACAAGGAGAUAACGGCUUUUCACAGCCAGCAACCUAUUAUAACCCAGACCAGCUUCCUCCAGAGAAUUCUUCCUUUAUGGAAAGGAAUUUCAUCUGCAGGUUACGGUGCCUGCUAGAUAAUUCAUCUGGGUUCCUGGCUAUGAAUUUUCAAGGACGAUUAAAGUUUCUUCAUGGACAAAACAAGAAAGGGAAGGAUGGUGCUACACUGUCUCCUCAGCUCGCCCUGUUUGCAGUAGCUACUCCCCUGCAGCCACCAUCUAUCCUUGAGAUACGAACCAAAAACUUCAUCUUCAGAACUAAACAUAAACUGGAUUUCACACCUACUGGCUGUGAUGCAAAAGGAAAGAUUGUCCUGGGAUACACUGAAGCCGAGCUGUGUAUGAGAGGAACAGGAUACCAGUUUGUUCAUGCAGCCGAUAUGCUUUAUUGUGCUGAAAAUCAUGUCCGAAUGAUGAAGACCGGUGAGAGUGGAAUGACUGUAUUUAGGCUUUUAACCAAAGAAAAUCGAUGGGCCUGGGUACAGGCAAAUGCACGUCUCGUCUACAAAAAUGGAAGGCCAGAUUACAUCAUUGCCACACAAAGACCUCUGACAGAUGAAGAAGGGGCAGAACAUCUGCGGAAGCGUAACAUGAAGUUGCCCUUCAUGUUUGCCACUGGUGAGGCUGUGUUGUAUGAGGUAUCCUUCCCUAUGUCGAGCCUCAUGGAUUCUUCUCAGGUGAAGAAUAAAAGCACGACGGGAAAAGGAGCCAAAUCAAUACCACACAAUGAUUCCGUGGAUCCAAACUCCCUCCUCGGUGCCAUGUUAAGGCAAGAUGAGUCUGUCUAUCUCUGCCCUCCAGCAUCACAUAAACUUUCCUUUGAGCGGAACUUGUUUGCCGACAGCAGGGAUGACCUGGGCGGUGGUGUUGGCAGCAGCUGGAUGGAUAAUCUCCUACCGUCUGGAAAUCACAGUGUUCUCAAACGGGAACUAAUGGAGUGUUCCCAGGACAGUACUCUGCCGCUUCCUGAAGACAGUGCAGCACUCUUUCAAGAUAACAAAAGCAGUGAUUUGUACAGUGUCAUGAAAAAUCUGGGUAUUGACUUUGAAGAUCUAAAGUGUAUUCAGCAGGACGAGGAGUUUUUUAAAACUGAGUUAUCUGGUGUGGAUGACAUUGGGGACAUCGACAUAACAGAUGAAAUCCUGACUUAUGUUCAGGAUUCCUUAAAUAAGUCAGACUUCUUAUAUUCAGGCUGUAACCAGCAGCAGCCCUUGGUUCAGAAUGAAGGUUGCUUGGUACAGCAAGAGUUAGACCCACAUCAACAUCAUCAGCACCAGCUCAUGGAGCAGCAGCAGCAGCAGCAGCAGCAGCAGCAUCUCUGUCAAAAGAUGAAACAUAUGCAAGUCAAUGCGAUGUUCACAAAUUGGAGCUCUGACACCAGCAUGCCUCUUGGCUGCUCUCAGCAGCAGCCCCAGCAAUAUGUAUUCCCUGGUAUGCAUGCCACUACAUCUGAGUUCUCUUACAAAUCAGAAGUCAACACUUCCCCUUACUCAUGUAGGCAGUUUACACCUUACAAGCAACCCACAGCAAUGAUGCCACAGCUCUCUAAUUUUGCUCAAAUGGAUUUCCCUGUAGCAGGUUUUGACAGAUCAACCUAUUCUAAUUCUUCCAACUUGGGGGAUUUUCUCCAUUGUUUGCAGCAAGUCCCUGAAAAUCGUGAGUGUGGGAUAAACUCUGAGUCAGUCAUGCUGACUCCUCAAACAUGCUACACAGGUGCUGUUUCCAUGUACCAGUGCAUGCAAGAAGCACAGCCCAGCUGUGUGGAUCAAAUGCAAUAUGAUCCUAUGAUGGCAAGUCAACAGACAUUGUCCAACAAGUUCCAAAACGGUUUCAAUGGAGGAAAUGUAAAUGAAGCAUAUCCCUCUCAGUUAGAUGUGAUCAAUAAUGCACAGACUGCCACACAUCUUCAGCCUCUUCAUCAUCCAACAGAACCCAGAUCCUUCUCAGAUUUGGCAUCUAGUGGAUUUAUGUGAUUCAGAUCUAGAGCUCCAUCUGUGAUUUUGUCUGGGUGUCGGGCUGCUCGGAGGAAAAGCUUGACAAAUCUAUCUUUGAGCAUUGGACUUCAACAGCUAAAUUACAUGUUGAAACUAGGAGGUUGGUUGCACUAUAUACUGAUGGGUAUGUAAUCCAGGACCUGGCUUUUUUAGAGUGACAGGUGGAAUUAAAGCUUCUGACUAAAAGUAUGCAUGUGCUGUUUUCCAUCAGACCGACUGUGUCAUUGCAGUAUGGAUUACAUACGUACUAAAGACUGCGUCAUGCUACACAACAUAAGAUAAGGCAAAUGGUUUUGUUGUUUAGAAAAUAAUUGGGCACUUUACAAAUAGCAUCAAUGGCACAAGGAAGAUAAUUUCACGUGUGGAUUAUUUCCAGACUUUAUUCUUUAAGAACUAUUAAAAAGCUCUGAAUUCAUGAGAAUCUAAAGCACUUAAUUUUAAUGCAUAGUAAGCUCUUUAAUCACUUAUUUUAUAUUUAAAUAUUUUUUUGGUUUAAGUCUCCAUUUCUAGCACUUUAAUAGAAGGCUUAAUACAAGGAUAUGAUAUGCAACUUCAGGUUUUCUAUGAAACAGACCCCUUGCAUUCCUCCUUUUCUUGUCAACCUUAAGUGCCUCACAAUUUAGCUACCUUGUUUCUGAUGGGAGCUUAACUCACUAUAAAGGUCAUCCAUAUUAUGUGAAUUUUUAUCUAACAUCUACAGUGCUACUAGCUGUUUUGUUUUGUUUUUUGCCCCCUAAAGAUAAUUUGUUUAGAGAAUGAUU